AUGCAAAAAUCAAUGCAAACAACAACAUAUUUUGCUUUCGUAGGUGAUAUCCAAAUUCAGCAACAAAUACAGCAAUUUCAGGCACAGAUUCACUUGUAUGUUUGUUCAAAGUUUUUGAGGGCAUUUUCUGUAAAUAACGGUGCCGAAAGGCUCAGUCCCAUCACAGCAGGAGAUUGGACGAUCAUGAGUGUCAAGAAAGAAAUCAUGAAUGAAAUCCAAGUCACAUUAUCACAAGAACAAAAGUGCCGAUCAACGCACUUCUCUAAUACAGAAUCUGGCUGGUUAGUAGAGCACGUAAGUUGGUUGUGACAUUAAAUAGUAGAGACAUAAUGCCAUACAAAACUGUAAACUGUAAAAUUAGCUUAGUUUACUCAGAAGCUCGUGUGAGGGUCGUUCGACUCCGAAAUGGCAAUAACAAGAGCUAGCAAAAAUCAUAAGGCCGUUUCACACGAUUGGUAUGGUGAUUUUUGUUUUGGACUAUUAAUACCAGAAGAUCAAGGCCUGAAACCCUAGUGAACUUAGCGGCCUUCAUGGAGACUAAAAAGCCAACCAGCGAUAUACCGAAUUAUUUAUUAUAAAUCACAUGAAAUAUCUUCUUUAAAAUGAAAACGAAGUAUAAGUUAUGCAGAUGAUAUUGCAGUAGUAAUAAUACCUAAGCUAGGUUAAGAAGGGACAAACAAAGAGGAAAGUAAUGAAAUAACUUCGGCAACUCUGACUUACUUGGGCAAUACAUCGCAUAAACUGGUUAAAGUCUUCCAAAAAAAUUACAUUCGGAUAUCAUUAAUAUUAAUUAAUAAUUUGGGAGGAAUAUCAAAAGCGAACACAAGAUAAGACGACCCACUAGAUAAACAGACCCGCGAGUGUCAUUGCAACUGCAUGAGACAAACAGAACGAAAAAUUGGAAGGAUACUGCUUUUGUGGAAGACUUUGUAGCAUCUAUUUUUAUGGACAGCUCAAAAAUUGAUGGUUUAGACUUUAUUUUUCAACUGAACUCCAAAUCGAAAAGUCUAUUCGACUAAUAAAUUCGGUUAAGUAUUUCAAGUGGAGAGAGGCGAUUAAAAAAGUGUGCCACAAAAUAGACCAGAGAAAGGAUUGCUAUUCUCUCGUAUAGCCAGGUGGUAAUCAAGGCACUUAGCUCUGUUCGUAAGUAUCACCUCUAGCCCAAAUAAGAAAGUUAGGGGUACGUUAAGACCUUAGCUAAGAGACAUAACGAUGCAUUGGAGCAUUCAUGACAACAAAAUGGCCGACGAGCUGACUGGCCAUAUUUCAGUCUAUUCUUCGAGUCCUAGCAGCAAUAUAAGAAAUAAU